AUGGCCGAACCAAUGCCGCAGCAACCGCAACAGAGAUAUCCGGAUUUGCUUACCCAACAACCUCCGAUCCUCACGCGGCGCAAACAAUGCCGCAAUCUAUCGGAGCCGAGAGACCCAGAGGAUGAUUGGAUGGGCAUCACUGACUCCAGCGACAGGAGGAGACGACAAAAUCGUCUCAACCAAAGAGCUUAUCGUCAGUCAAACCACUCACCGUAUAAUCAAAAGGCGCGGAAAGCUCGGGAUAGUACCCACGAUGACUCGGCAACAACCUCUGAAGGUAUCCUCAUCUUGCCGACACCUCGCGACCGUGCGAUAGCCUAUGCUUUCGUGCAACUCGUCCAGGUGCAACACAGUCUCAAUUCUCACCGUCCUGCGAUACUACCCUCACUUAUUCGUCUUAAUGCCGUUAAUGCCGUCUCAAACAAUGCUUUACACAUCGGUAUUCCACUUGAAGGCUUAUGCUGCGACGAUGUGACGUCUCCAUGGAGCAUCCAGACUUUUGGUCCUCUAGAAUCUACCACCACUCCUCUCUCAUGUCCUGAGUCUCUAUAUCCCACCAAGCUACAGACCGAGAUUGAACAUCAUCCUUGGGUUGACCUGCUACCCAUUCCGCAAUUAAGAGAUAAUAUGCUAAGGGCGUAUACGGGCGGUAUUAUCGACGAGGAUGAACUGUGUUUUGAUAUCCUUGGAGUUACGUGUAGUCAAGGCUUGGACGACGCAUAUCUUAUUGUCUGGGGAGAAUCACACAAUGCAGCAAGUUGGGAGGUGAGCGUGGGAUUUCUCAAGAAAUGGGGAUGGUUAUUGAAGGGUUGUCCUGAGUUGGUUGAGUCUACCAACAGAUGGCGACAACAGAGAGGUGAGUCGACACUGGAUAUUCUGAUCUGA